AUGGCUGCCCUGCGAAGCUCUCAAGCUUCUUCCUUGCUCUCACACUCCUCAAGACAUUCUCUCCCACGAAGCUCAAGAAGAACAUUCACCUCCUCGUCCAUCAGGAGCUCAUACGAUGAUACCGUCCAAAACCUGCGGAUAGGAAAGCACACCAGAGUCAUUUACCAGGGUUUCACAGGACGUGUGGCGACGGGCAAUGCAAAAGAUAGCUUGGCGUAUGGCACCAACAUCGUUGGAGGUGUCACGCCUGGGAAGGAGGGAGAGCAUAUUGGUCUUCCUCUGCUGCCGGAUCUCAAGAAGGCCAAGGAGCAGCUGAAGCCUGAUGCUACGGCUGUCUUUGUGGCGGCACCGCAGUGCGGGAAGGCCAUUGAGGAUGCUAUAGAAGCUGAGAUUCCUUUGAUUGUCUCUGUCGCGGAGCAUAUCCCGGUUCACGAUAUCAUGAGAGUAGCAAGCAUACUCAAGACGCAAUCGAAAUCACGACUCGUAGGCGCCAACGCCCCUGGUAUCAUCGCACCCAUCGGCUUCUGCAGAAUCGGUUUCCAGCCUCUACCCACCUUCGCUCCUGGCCACAUCGGCAUUGCCGCGAAAUCAGGCACACUCUCCUACGAAGCUGUAGCAUCGAUCACUCGAUCAGGACUUGGUCAGAGCUUGUGCAUAGGCAUGGGCGGAGACAUCAUUGCUGGCACCAACCUUGUCGACUCUCUGAAAGUCUUUGAAGCAGACCCUGAGACUGAGGGCAUCGUCAUCGUUGGCGAGGUUGGCGGCAAGGCCGAGGAGGAUGCGGCAGAUUGGAUCAAGGACUACCUCAAGAGAACCAAGAACCCGAAGCCGAUUGCAGCUCUGGUUGGAGGCAAGACCGCGAAGCCAGGCCGCAUCAUGGGCCACGCAGGUGCUUGGGCAGCUCGAGGAGAACAUAACUCGGACGAGAAGUACAGCAUCCUCAAGGAAGCGGGGGCAACGAUGGUCGAUCACCCAGAGAACUUCGGCGGCGUCAUGAAGACACUCCUCGAGCAAUCUGGCAGGGACGUGAGCAAGAUCCAAGUAAGCGUUCAGACCAACCAGCAGAAACGCGGAUACCACACCCUUCGCAGGAGCCCAGCCAUGAUGAGAUCACAGCAGCGUCCGAGAAGAAGUCCAGUCUCCCAGCAGCAGCAACAGCAAAAGCGAAGCCUCUACAUCGCCCCCGAACUCCGACCAGUCCCUCUCUACCCCUACCUCAGCAAAAUCGAAGGCAUCUCCCUCUCCCUCGACGAAGCUCCCAAAGACGGCUUCUAUCUCGGCAUCAUCGUCGACCGCACCGAACGAUCCCCUUGCAUCGCCGUCGCACCCACAGCAGACGAAUCCCAAAUCGACGCCCGCGUCAAACGCUUCACCUACGACUGGCAAGAAGGCCCCUCCAACGCCCUCAUCAGCCAAGCCAUCGAAUACCUCCAACUCGACUCCGCCCCCCAAGCCGCCAAGCAGCAAAUCCACCAGCUCAUCGCCAGCCUCGCCAAAAUGUACAAGGAGAAAGAAGCCAUCAUCCUCUCCGGCUGCGUCAGCGUCGGCGGCUCCGGCAACCUCAAACUGCACCAACCCAGCGUGACGCUCAUGUUCGACGACGCGGCGUACCGCAGCUGCAAACGUCAGGAGGACGUCCACCGCCUCCGCCAGAAAGAGCAGGAAGACCCCGCCGAGCUCGAAGCCGAAAACGACGGCAUCGUCUACGUCCGGCUCGACGACCCGGACGCCAAAAUCGGCACGCUGGUCAACGGCGCGGGUCUCGCCAUGAACACCGUCGACGCCCUGCGCCUGCACGGCGGCCACGCGACCAACUUCCUCGACACGGGCGGCAAAGCGACGUCCGAAACCGUGAAAAAGAGCUUCGAAGUCAUCCUGCAAGAUCCCCGGGUCAAAGUCAUCUUUGUGAACAUCUUUGGUGGCUUGACGGAUGGCGGGAUGAUUGCGAAUGGGAUUUUGCUGGCGUUUAAGGAGGUGGAUAUGAAGAAUGUGCCAGUCGUGGUGAGGAUACGGGGCACGAAUGAGGAGGUGGGGCAGAAGACGAUUGCGGAGAGUGGGUUGGGUUUGGAUGCUUUUGAUAAGUUUGAGGAUGCGGCGAAGAGGGUGGUGGAGAUUGCUAAUAGUAGGUAG